AUGUGGGCGCACGCCGAGUCAAAGCUUCACUACAAUGCCGACCAGCCUUUGGAGGAUCAGGUGCGCGAGUCGAUCGAGCAAUCCUUCCAGAACCUUAAAAUCGACUACAUCGACGCACUUCUUCUACAUGUGCCGUUCGAGGAUGAACAGGAUGACACGGUCGCCUGGCAUGUCAUGGAGAGCUUCGUCCCGUUGCGGGUUGGCGUGUUGGGCGUAUCCAACUCUAGUCGUGCUGCUCUCGAGAAGCUUUACGCAGCUGCCACCGUCAAGCCAGAAAUUUACCUGGACAAGACGGGCAUCGUCUACCAAGCAUUCAGUCUGCUGCAGGCCAACCAAGAGAUUCGCAGCUCGGAGCUGGUGGCUCGUGUCGCUGAGCGCUUCUACACCAAGAGGGAGAUUGCUUUCUGCAUGCUAGUCCUGGGCUUAGGCAAGGUGUCUAUUGUGAAUGGAACCACGAGCGAGGCGCGGGAGAUGGACCUGGCCAGGAUUGCAGAGCUUCUGGGAGGCCAACAGGCCAUGGCCGACCUCACAGAGCACUUGGCAGAAAUUAAGCAGCUUCUACGCACCAAGUAA